UUCAAUUCCCCUGUUUCCCAGAGGCUGGUACAUUUUCACAGCUAUGGUUUCUCAUAGCUGAAGCUACGGUUUUGGAUUGUUAUCACACACCUUCUACUGAAGACUGAGCUAUUCCCCCUCCUGACAGAUGGAAUUCAACAGCCCGAGAACAUUCCAAUGGAGUUUACUGUUUCUAUUAAUAGGCUUGGCAUUUUCGGAGCUGGCAUCAGGAAAAGCCGAAGAUGUGUUGCCAGCUCGCUGCAGCCUCUUUGGGAAAGAGCACAUCCAGACGUUUGAUGGGACGUUGUACGACUUUCCUGGGGACUGUAGUUACAUGCUGGCAGGGGACUGUCAGAAGAGAUCCUUCUCACUGCUAGGUGAUUACCAUAAUGGACAGCGAAAAGGCGUGACGGUUUUCCUCGGUGAAUUCUUCGAACUUCACCUCUCUUUGGAGGGAGCAGUGACUCAAGGAGAAACCAGGCUCUCACUACCUUAUGCCUCUAAUGGGGUUUUUGUGGAGUUGGAGCUGGGUUACUACAAGCUAUGGAGUGAAGAGUAUGGCUUUGUGGUGAGGAUCGACAGUACUGGCAACAUCAAUGUGGUCCUCUCCGAAGAGCAUUUUAACAACACCUGUGGACUGUGUGGCACCUUCAACGGCAUACCUGCUGAUGACUACAUGGCGCAGGAAGGAUUCUUAACGGACAGUAGCUACGACUUCGCCAACUCCUGGGCCCUGCAUGGGGCCGGAGAGCCCUGCCGAAGAGUUUCCCCUCCCAGUCAGACCUGCAACGUGUCCAGCGAGGCUGCAGGGGAGCUGAUGUCACGGUGCGGUGCCCUGCGGAAUUCUCCGGUGUUCCUGCGGUGCGCCCACGUCAUCGAUCCCGAGCCCUUUGCCUCUCUCUGCGAGCAGGACGUGUGCCACUGCGGGAGUAACGCGGAGUGCCAGUGCCAGGCUUUCCUGGAGUACAGCAGGAGCUGCGCCUUCAAGGGCGUGAUUCUUCAGGGCUGGCAGAGAGAAAGCCAGUGUGCUCCCACGUGUCCCCUCGGCAUGGUGUACAGUGACUGCACGAGCCCCUGUGCCAUUCACACCUGCCAAGGCCUGAACAUCAAUGAGGUGUGCCAGGAGGAGUGUGUGGAUGGCUGUACCUGCCCCCCGGGGAAGGUUCUGGAUGGAGACAGCUGUGUGGAGGCCUCUCGAUGCACCUGUGUCCACACCAGCAAGCGCUACCCACCAGGCUCCAGCAUUGCACAAGACUGCAACACCUGUGUUUGCAGACAUGGCUUGUGGGAAUGCUCGAAUGAGGACUGCCCUGGGGAGUGCUUUGUCACCGGACAGUCUCACUUCAAAAGCUUUGACAACAAGUUCUUCACCUUCAGCGGGACCUGCCAAUACUUGUUUGCUAAAGACUGCCAAAGCAACCUCUUUUCUGCUGUCAUCGAAACUGUUCAGUGUGCAGAUGACCAAGAUGCUGUGUGCACAAGGUCGGCCACGUUACGUUUCCAUGAAAUGGCCAACAUGACCAUUAAAAUGAAGCAUGGAGGUGUGGUGUCUGUGGAUGGAAUGGACAUUCAAACUCCUUUAGCACAAGGACCCCUCCGCAUUCAAAAAACCGUCAUGUCUUCAGUGAGACUCGCAUACAAUGACGACUUCCAGGUGGACUGGGAUGGACGAGGCAAACUCCUGCUUAAGCUGGGACCCGUGUUUGCGGGAAAAACCUGCGGCCUGUGUGGGAACUACAACGGGAACCAGGGCGACGAUUUCAUGACGGCAGCGGGGCUGGAGGAGACCCAAGUGGAGGAUUUCGGCAACGCCUGGAAGCUGAACGGGGACUGCAGGAACAUGGUGAAGCAGGACGCCGAUCCCUGCAUUCUCAAUCCCAAAAGAGUGCGCUACGCGGAGGAGUCCUGCUCUGUGCUCCUGUCCGCAAAGUUUGAGCCCUGCCACUACGAGGUGAACCCGGCCCCCUUCGUGAAAAACUGCCGCUAUGACGUCUGCUCCUGCUCCGACGGGAAGGAGUGCCUGUGCUCGGCCGUCUCCAGCUACGCCACGGCCUGUGCCCGCAAGGGAGUCGUCAUCAACUGGAGGAGCGCCAAGUUCUGCGAUAUGAGCUGCCCGGAGGACCAGGUGUACGAGCAGUGUGGGAGCCCCUGUAACCAGACCUGUCGCUCGUUGUCGCUGCCUGACACCGACUGCCGGGACCUGUGUAUGGAGGGCUGCUUCUGCCCCCAGGGGCUCUACGUGACCGACACUGGGGAGUGUGUGGACAAGACCCAGUGCUCCUGCUACCACGAUGGAGAGAUCUACCAGCCCAACGACAUCUUCUCUGAUCACUCCACUAUCUGUUACUGUGAGGAUGGCGCGAUGCGCUGCAGCUCCAAUGAAGUCCCAGGAGCUAUGCUCUCGGAUCUGUUAUUCAAUGACCUGGUACACCCCAGAGUGCGAAGAUCCUUGACGUGUCGGCCACCAAUGAGUAUGUUUGUGUGCAGCAGCCACAGGGACGAGGGCACUGAGUGCACCAAGACCUGUCAAAACUAUGACCUGGAGUGUGUGAGUCCGGGCUGUGUCUCAGGCUGCAUGUGUCCUGCUGGGACGGUCAGAUACAGGAACUACCAGUGUCUCUCCCCAGAGCUCUGCCCCUGUUUCCACAAUGGGAAGGAAUACAGUCCUGGGCAGACAAUCAGCAGUGACUGCAACACUUGCGUGUGCCGCAACAGGAAGUGGGAGUGCAGUCAGCGAGUGUGUGACGGCUCCUGUCAGGCCAUCGGCGAGUCCCAUUACCUGACCUUUGAUGGGCUGAAGUAUACCUUCCCUGGGCUCUGUCAGUAUGUGUUGGCACAGGAUCACUGCAAUGGCAAUGAGGGCACCUUCCGCAUCCUAGUGGAGAACGGUGUCUGCGGAGGUCCAGGGCAGAAAUGCUCAAAGAUCAUCACUGUGGUUUACAAGGGAGGAGUCAUAGAGAUGGCACAUGGAGAGGUGAAUAUGCAGAAGCCUGUGGUGCACGAGACUGAGGUGGAGAUAAUAAAGUCAGGCCUGUUCUACAUUGUGCUGCUUGGGAAGGAUCUAUCAGUCACAUGGGACAGGGGCACCCGCAUCAUUGUCCAGCUCAAAGGACACUACAGGGAGAAAGUGUGCGGCCUCUGUGGCAACUUCGAUGGCAAUCAGAACAAUGACCUGCUGAGCAGCAACAACCAGCUGGAGGUGGAGCCGGCGGAUUUUGGGAAUUCCUGGAAAGUCCAGCCGAGCUGCGCUGACGCCUCUCAGGUUCCUUCUCAAUGCAGUGACAAUGUCAUGAAGCUGGUCUCCGUGGAGCAGACUUGUCUCAUUCUCACCAGCGAACUCUUCAAGCAGUGCAACAGUGUGGUUAACCCAGAACCCUACUGGGAGAUCUGUACUCAUGACACCUGCUCCUGCAAAUCCAUUGGCGACUGCACGUGCUUCUGUGAUGUUAUAGCAGCCUACGCCCACAAGUGUGCCCAGAGAGGAGUAGUCAUCCACUGGAGAUCCAACAGCCUGUGUCCCCUGAGCUGUCAGGAGCUGAACAAAGCGGAGCCCGAGUUCGAGUGCGAGUGGAGAUACAACACCUGCGCCCCCGCGUGCCCUGUGACCUGCCAGCACCCGGAGCCCCUGCCCUGCCCGAAGAUGUGCGUGGAGGGCUGCCAUGCCACCUGUCCGCCAGGGAAGAUCCUGGAUGAGGUGGCUAUGAGGUGUGUGGAGCCAGGAGAGUGCCGCGUGUGUCUUCAUGAGGGCAGGAGAGUCGCUCACGGGAAGAAAAUCAUCUUGAACCAUGAGAUCCCAGAGCUGUGUCAGAUCUGCCACUGCGAGAAUGAUAACCUGACCUGCGAGAGAUGCCCGGUGGAGAUUGUGACCACUACCGCUGCUUACGUCCCCACCACCCCCACUCCAGAGCCCUUCUCCACCCCUGUGCCAGAGGAAGCGUGUGACCGCGCGAUGGACCUGGCCUUCCUGGUGGACGGCUCCUCGUACCUGUCCGAGGCGGACUUCGAGGCGGUGAAGCGAUUCAUCAUCACGGUGAUGGAGCAGUUCCGCAUGGGCUCGGCUCACACCCGGGCCACCAUCUUGCAGUUCCACUCGGGCGUCAAGAGCUACGAGAUGCAGGUGCAGAAGCGCGUCUUCAAGAAGAUGGUGAGGGGCAUGAAGUACAGCGGCGGGGAAACGGCGUUCAUGGACGAGGCCCUGAAGUACCUGGCCGUCUUCAUCUACGACAAGGACAAGCGCGAGCACGCCGAGCGAGUGGCGGUGCUGCUGACCGCCAGCACCAACCCCCGGUCCAUGAAGACCACCCAGAGGCUGCUGAAGAAGAAAGCCAUCACCACGGUAACCAUCGGCCUUGGCCCAGACGUCAGCACUGCCCAGAUCAACGAGAUCACCAAAGCCUCCAAAAACAGCCGGGCCUACAUCCUCAACAGCGUCGACGAGCUUGACGAGCGCACAGGCGAAAUCACCAACUACAUGUGCACUCUGGGGCUCACACCUCUUGUCCCCAAGCCGCCAACUAAAAGGCCACCGGUUUCUCAGUCCUCGUCCACCGGGACUCCCGUGGGUCCCACAGUGAGGCGUGUCACUUCACAAACACCGCCGCCCACUCACCUGGCGCUUACCAUGCUCCCCAGCCUCACGGCCGUCAAGGACUUGACCUUCGUCAUCGAAGGAUCGGACAAAGUCGGGGAGGAGAACUUCAACAAAACCAGGGAGUUCCUGGAGAAGGUCAUCACAGAGCUGCCUGUAGGGGAGGAGACGAUCCGCAUCACCAUCGUCCAGUACUCCUUCACCACCACCAUCGAGUACUCUUACAGAGAAACCCAGGAGAAGACGACCAUCCUGGACAGAGUGCGGAAGAUGCAGUGGCAUGGAGGGAACGCUACCAACACUGGCAAGGCGGUACAGACGGUGUCAGAAAGCACCUUCACAAAAAGCCAGGGAGGAAGGGAUCAGGUGCCCAAGCUGGUCUUCCUGGUUACAAGCAACACACCCACCGACAAGAUCACCAGGCACACCGAGACGUCCGACGUGCAGGUCUUCCCCAUCGGAGUGGGGCCCUCCAUCAGAGAGAUCGACCUUGAGCCCCUCAGCCACCCACGGAGACCCCUUAUAGUUCCAGAUUACACCCAGCUUCAGGACGUGGUGACGCAGGUGGUUCAUCAGGCAGUGCUGCCUGAAAACUACUAUCAUACCACAACCACAACGUCUGCCCCUGCCCCCAUGACAACGCUGUCUCCUUCAGUGCCCUGCGACAAGCCCAUGGAUGUGAUUUUCAUUCUGAAAGAGAGCUCGGAUAGGUCCUCCCCCCAGUUUGAAGACAUGAAGACCUUUGUCAAGGCUUUUAUCAACAAAGCAAAUAUCGGUCCCACAGGAACACAAGUGUCGGUUCUCCAGUACGGCGACACGAACACGAUUGAUGUCACCUGGAAGGAUCGGCAGAGCAGGGAGAACCUUGUGAGGCUGGUUGACGCCAUGAGCAAGAGGAAGGCCACCUCCACUAGACUAGGUGCUGCCCUGCACUUCGCCGUCCAGAAUGCCAUAUCCUCAGGCAGCGGAGGCCGGCCUGGAGUGGCCAAGAUUGCAGUGAUUAUCGUGACGGACAUGUCUCAGGAUCCAGUGGAACAAGCGGCUAACGAGGCCCUGACAGCUGGUUUAUCCGUGUUUCCGAUUGGCGUGGGAACGCGCUACGAUAAGAGCCAGCUCGCCACCUUGGCAGGGCACAACAUGGAGAGCAACAUCCUUCACCUCAACCACAUGGACGACCUGGUUGUGAUGGUCACCCUGGGGCACACGUUCAUUGACAAGCUUUGCCGAGCGGGUCCUCCAGGCAAAUGCAUAGAUGACGAUGGAAAUGAAAGAAAGCCUGGGGAGACCUGGGUCCUCUCUGACAAGUGCCACAGCUUGCUGUGCCACCCGAAUGGAAUCGUGACCAUCCAGAGCCACAACAUCAACUGCGAGAGGAUGGAGAGGCCCACAUGCAAGAACAACCUGCGCAGCGUGAAAAUCGAGGAGCCCUGCGGUUGCCGAUGGGCUUGUCCAUGCAUGUGCAUGGGCAGUUCAACCAAUCACGUGGUCACAUUCGAUGGACUGGCCUUCAAGCUGAACGGAUUCUGCUCCUAUGCGUUGCUCCAGGACAUUGGGCAAGGCAUUGAGAUUAUACUCCAUAACGGGCAGUGUGAGGCAUCUCCAAACCAGAUCUGCAUGAGAUCUAUAGAGGUGAAAGCUGCUGGAGUCUCUCUGGUGCUACAUGAUGACAUGAAGGUAACACUGAAUGGGAUGGAGACUCCUAUUCCCAUCACCACAAGGGGAAUGGAAGUUAAUCAGUAUGGAGCCAUCAUGCACAGAGUGGGGCUGAAGAACUCGGGUCACAUAGUGACUUUCACUCCUAGAAAUAACGAGUUUACAAUCCAGUUGGGCCCCACAGAAGUUUCUAACAAAACAUCUGGGCUUUGUGGAUACUGCGACCAGGAUGAGCUCAACGACUUCACUCUGAGGGACGGCUCUAUAACGACGGAGAGCAGCGUGUUCAUUAAGGAGUGGACUGUCCAGGAGCCCUGGGGCACCAGCUGUGAAACCUUGAAGGUCAGCGAGGUCUGCACUCAGCAGGCCAGUGACCAGUGUCAAAUCCUCCAGUCCUCUCUGUUCGCCAGGUGUCGCAAACUGGUGUCGCCCGCUCCCUUCCUGGCUCUUUGCAAACAGAGCAGCUGCUCUGGUGGAGAAAUCUGCGACGUCGUGUCAGCCUAUAGUCACCUGUGCCGGCUACAGGGCAUCUGUGUCAACUGGAGAUCGACAGACUUCUGUGCCAUGCCUUGCCCCAGCACGAUGGUGCUCGACAGCUGUAGGACCGGCUGUGUGGAGGAGUGCGACCCAGCGAACAACACCACGCUGUGCAUGGAGAUCCCCACAGAGGGCUGCUUCUGUCCCAGGGGCAGCGUCUUCCACAACGGUGCCUGUGUCAGCAAGCAAGCCUGCUCUCAGUGUGUGGAUGAAGAAGGAGUGGUCCACCAGCACCUUGACACCUGGGUGCCCUCCCGCGACGCCUGUCAGAUCUGCAUGUGUCUAGACAACAGGCAAAUCAACUGCACUUCACGACCGUGCUCCAGCUCCAAAGAACCAGUCUGUGGACCGUGUGAAGUCCUGCGAGAGAAGAGAGGCCCCCAGUGCUGUACCGAGUAUGAAUGUGUGUGUGAUCUGGUGACCUGUGACCUCCCCGCCAUGCCUAAAUGUGGGGCUGGACUGACAGUCGUCCUGACGAACCCCGGAGAGUGCAAGCCGGUUUAUGAGUGUGCCUGUAAGAAGGAAGAGUGCCUUCUGCAGAGCAGGCCCUCUUGCCCUUCCCACAGGCGGCUCGAGGUGAAGAAGACACAGUGUUGCGAUGAAUACGAGUGCGUCUGCAGCUGCCAGAACUCCACCAUCACCUGCCCUCUGGGCUACAUCACCACCACAGUGGUCAACGACUGUGGCUGCAGCGAGGUCAGCUGUGUCCCCGACAAAGUCUGUGUCCACUCUGGUGUGGCGUACCACGUUGGGAAUGAGUGGGAAGACUCCUGUAAAACCUGCAGCUGCACAGACAGGCAGGACAGAGUCACGGGCCUGCACAUCGUGGAGUGCACUGAAAAAGUCUGCAAUGAGAUCUGCCCCUUGGGUUCUACAUACAUGAGAGCCCCAGAUGCAUGCUGUGGCAGGUGUAAGACAACCUCCUGUCUGGAAAACGUUGUUGGAAGGCCCAUGGGUGAUAUGGAUGUUUCUGGCCGUUUGCGCAUGGUGGGGGAGAAGUGGCGGUCUCCCCAGAAGCCAUGUGUCAUCAACGAGUGCGUGCGGAUCAACGAGGAGGUCUUCAUCAAUCAGUACAACGUGUCCUGCACUCAGAUGGACACCCCCAAAUGCCCCCUGGGCACCGAGCUUCGCUGCAACAACUUAGACGGCUGCUGUCCCACCUGCCAAUGUGUUCCCCUUGAUGCCUGUGUCAUGAACAACACUAUCAUUGGGGCGGGGGAGAGCCUGAUGGUGGACCUGUGCACGCACUGCGAGUGCUCCAUGGAGCAGGGCCUGCUGAGAAGGUUCCGCCUGUCCUGCAAGAGGAUCACCUGCACACCCUGCCCACUGGGUUACAGGUUCGAGCAAGUUACAGGCUCUUGCUGUGGAAAAUGCAUUGCAACAUCCUGCACCAUCCAACUGAAGGAUGGAACAAUCACAACUCUGAAGGCAAAUGAAACCCGGCAGGAGGGAUGCUUCGUCUAUACCUGCAAAAUCAAUAAACAGGAUGAUUUGGUGCUGGAAACAAAAAUAACUACCUGCCCUCCAUUUGACAAGGCCAGCUGCCUGGCUGAAGGGGGCAAAGUCACCCAACUGGGCAACAGCUGCUGUGAGACUUGUACUGAGCCCGAGUGUAAAAAAACCGCCGGAGUCCUGAAGUAUAUUAAAAUUGACGACUGCAUGUCUCGGGAUCGGAUUGACAUUCAUUACUGCGAGGGGAAAUGCACCAGCAAGUCUGUCUAUUCUCUGGAGACGCAUAAGGUGGAAAAGCAGUGCGUGUGCUGCUCGGCCAAAGGCACCGAGACGAUGCUGGUCCCUCUACAGUGCGCCAACGGCACUGUGCUGCAGCACGAGAUCUUCACCGUCACGGCCUGUGACUGCCUCUCUCACAGAUGCGAAGGAGAGUGACAGGGGUCCGACAAGAUCGGCCUCUGAUCACUACUGCGGGCUGUGACAUCCCAGACCUCCACAGACCACGGCAGGGCAGACGCCUCUGCCAAACUUGUACUCACUCCCUACUUUACAUUACUGGACAAAUCUGCAUGCAAAAUGGCUGCAUGACUGGUUUUGUUACACUGCAUUUUACUACUGGGGAAUAAACCUAGCACAACACCUCCAAGUAGCUCGUUGUACAAUAUUCAUUACCUGCACACUACUCAAAAUACUUUAGCUGCUGCAGCAUUUGCUUAAUAAAGCAUAAACGUGUCCUUUUCAAUUUUCAGAAUUUUGGAAUUUGACAGUAUUUGAACUGAAAAUCAUCAAAUAAAGCCAACAGCAUAGUUCCAUGA